AUGGUGGUGUGUGGAAGCCGUCCGUUGGCUAUGAGCCAUGGCAAUUCGCUGCGGAUUGUGGGCGGCUCCAGUGUUUUGCCAGGAACUUGGCCCUGGGUCGUCAGCUUCCAGUUCCCAACACGAGAAGGAUACAGGCACUUCUGUGCAGGCUCGCUUAUCAACGCCCGCUGGGUACUUUCUUCAGCUCACUGCUUUGUCAUCCAAAGGUUCCUAAAAGUUGAUUAUUUGAGGGUUCAGAUUGGCGUCACUCAGCGCUCCAACCCAGGCCAGGAUGCCCAGAUGCGCUCCAUCAAGAGACUGGUGGACCACGAGCACUUCAGCCACAAUGGGUACCUCAACGACAUCUCCCUGAUAGAGCUGGACCAGCCGGUGCUUUGCAAUGACUUCAUCCAGCCGGCCUGUUUGCCAGACGAGAACCUGAACCUGGAAUCCCUGAGCCAUUGCUACACCUGCGGCUGGGGCAUCACGGAGAUAAAGUGGCGUGCCGAGUACGCGGACAUCCUACAAGAGGCCAAGGUGAUGGUGAUGCCCAACAAGAUAUGCAACAGCAGCGACUGGUAUCACACACGAAUCAGAGAAGAGAACAUCUGUGUCAUAUCUAAUGAAGCAAAAAUUGACCGCUGCAAGGGUGACGGGGGCAGCCCCCUCAUGUGCCGGCUAAGAAGGUCUGAGCGCUUCUGGGUCGUUGGACUCAACAGCUGGGGCAGCGGCUGCACUGUAGGGAAAGUCCCAGGAAUCUUCACUGCCACCCAGAACUUCUAUUACUGGAUCCAGAGGAUACUGAAGAAUCCACCGGAGUCUGCUCUCGUUCCACCAUUCAAGCCAACAACACCAACAACACCACCCACCACCAGGCUCACCUCCCCAUUCGUGCCCCCGGCUUGGGCUACCGCAAAAAAUUUAGCAAGACCCACAUAUGGAUUGGUGAAUGGCGUGUAUUUUGGGUAUGGGGGAAAGGCACGGCCUACCUAUUCAUUUGAACGCCCUGGUUACAGCCCUACGACUGCACGGCCGCGUAGCACCUGGGGCUGGUACACAGGGCCGAAGAGGACUUUCCCUCCGUACAGCCCGACGCCAUACCGGCCAACGCCUUCCCGGUACUACAGCACCACAAAGUUCCUUGGCUGGAACGUGGGGCCAAGCAUCAUCUAUAGGCUGCCCAGGCGGAAGACCACAGCAAAGCCCCAGAUCCAGUGGCAGUACUCGGUUUGGACCAGGCCUAAUUACUGGGCCACACGUAGGCCCUGA